AUGAACCUGGCUGUCAACACACUUCGACUCCUUUUCGGUACAGAUCCACCGACUUCACCUUUCGCCGACUUAGACUCGCUUUGCAUUAGCCAAAAGGUCAUACACGCAUCAGUUGACGAGAAAGAUGUUAUCUUACACUGUCACUUACUGGAGCAUUUCGUUUCAAUCAAGCCCAAAAUUGACAUUUGGGCCAUGAGGCAUAUGAUCGAUCCAGCCGCAGCAUGGACAUGCUACAUCAAUAUGGGCGUUCGCCGACUCCUAGAUUGGUUCAAGGCGUCGCAUGAUGGCCACAUUGACCUGAACAGAGACAUUCCUCCCCUUGAUGUGCUUCUCGUAUGGCAUGCGUUCUUGCAAGACCCAGUUGCAUGGGGUGACUUUAUCGAGGAAUCUCAACUAUUGUUUUCUCGGUGGAACCCGGAUGAAUUGUUAAGAGCUCUUGACGGCAACAGGCAGGGAUCGUUCGAGCCUUCGCCGGAGUGCAUGGACAGGAUCAACCGCGUGUACCACGAGGCAGAUACCUGCAGCCUCAUGAGCAUGUCGGUUGAUUAUGUCUUCUCCGUCAGUCCCAAUGAAAUGACUCAAGAAGUGAUUCGACUAUUCUCCCAGAAGAGACUGAACCAUACUGCCAUGACGCCAAGAGGUCAACAGAAAUUCUUUUACGACUUCCAUAAAGCCGUUCAGCGUCAACUUGACCUCGCAGAACAAGACGUCAAGUUCUCCUGGCAUCGCAUAUACGUGUCCCGUGGGGACAACGAGCGGGCGUUGAAGCCCGCCAUCCAGCGCUACCGGAGGUUUUUCACUCUGGAGAUGUUCAGAGAGGAGAUCGGAUACUGGCAGUUCGAAUAUCCAGAUCAUAUUCGAUUUGCCGAUUUCGAUAUCCAUCUCGUCUGGAGAACGCACAAGCUCGCGCCACAGAAAUAUGAGCGGUUUUGUAUCAACUACUUUGGUGGCCUCGUAUACAUGAUUCCAGACCCCCCUGAAAACCAAGAGGUGAGGGUCUCCCACCGCAAUAGCAAAGAUCAGAUCUAUGAGCAUUUAUUUGGCGAGGAGUAUGCCUUGUGUCUCUGUUGGCCAUGCGUCAAGGGAAGAACGGACAAGCCUGCAGGCUGGCGCUCUUUCAGGCGGCUCACUAGGCCAGUAGUGAAGACACAGUUGGCAGCGGAGAUGGACCGUCGCCGCGCCGCAGCUGUGAGCAUUCCUCUGGACUUUGCUGAGAAGCAAUGUCGUAAAUGUGGCUCUCACCCCCGGAGACACUGUCGAAAGAAGGACAUGACUGAAGCCUCAGCAACAAGGCCUAUAACUCCUAGGCGCUCAGUGUCCGAUCGCGUUCCGACGCCUGGGACAUCAGUCACCUCUCCCUACACUCCAAGUCGGAACGAUCCCUUUGCUGUUCCGUUCAGAGACCUAGGAAUGUUUCCGUUUCGUUCUGAGAUUCUGGACCAAACCCGUCUGCAAUCUCCUUCACCUUCAGCAGCAUCAGUUUCGGUGACUCUAGAGCCUACACAGAGAAACAGAAACACGGAUCUUCGAACCUUCAAUCGAAGCCAUAAUUCUACCCCUGACCUCACCGUCGCAUCUACAGAGUCAGGCGACAGCGAUAUCGAAAUCGGUCCCAGUUACUAUACCCUGACAAAAACCCUGAGCAUGUACCAGAUAUCUGCAGACGCGAAUGAAUUCACUCCACGUACUGGCAACAGGAAUGCCGAUGCAGCAACCGAUGAUCCACGAUAUGUAUCUCAUGUUCCAACAUCAAAUGGCCCAGAGCCCGGGGCGUGGUUAGCUGGCUAA